UGAUAAUUUGUCGGAACGAAUUAAAAGGAAAGACCAUCGCGUUUUGAAGUUCCUCAAGGGAACAAAGGAAGCAAAAGCAAUGGCUUCCGAUUUCUGGACUUCAUCGCAGUACAAACAGCUUAUGGACCCAGAAGAGGUUGAUGUUAUUCAUCCUCUGGAUAGAGAGAGAGGAAUCACCGUCGAAGAUUUCAAGCUGAUUAAGCUUCACAUGUCCAAUUAUAUAGCGAAAUUGGCGCAACACAUCAAGAUCAGACAAAGAGUUGUAGCUACUGCUAUAACAUACAUGAGACGCGUCUACACAAGGAAGAGCCUGACAGAAUAUGAGCCUCGUCUUGUUGCACCCACAUGCUUGUACUUAGCGUCUAAAGCCGAGGAGACCGUUGUCCAUGCCAAACUUCUUGUAUUCUACAUAAGAAAAUUAUAUGCUGAUGAUAAGUACAGGUAUGAGAUUAAAGAUAUAUUAGAAAUGGAGAUGAAAAUACUGGAGGCAUUGAACUUCUACUUGAUUGUAUUCCACCCUUAUCGAUCUCUGCCUCAGUUCUUGCAAGAUGCGGGAAUCAACGACACUAGUAUGACCCAUUUAUCUUGGGGACUCGUGAACGAUACGUAUAGGAUGGACCUCAUCCUUAUACAUCCACCGUACUUAAUUGCCCUGGCUUGCGUUUACGUUGCUUCUGUAUACAAAGAGAAAGACCUAAGGUCAUGGUUUGAAGAGCUUUGCGUAGACAUUAACUUGGUGAAGAACAUCGCGAUGGAGAUACUAGAUUUCUACGAAAACCACAGAACGAUCACGGAAGAGAGGGUCCAUGCUGCAUUCAGCAAACUCACGACAAAACCCUAGAGAUUUGCUGGUUGGUAAAUUCGAAAUCAGUUCCCAGUCAAAUGUCUUCAUGCAAGAAUGAUCGGCGACCGUCUGAAAAAAAAACUCAGGUGAGAACAGAAACUCCUCAACUCUGCUCUGUUUUGUCUCUUUUGGGAAGAUGUAUUUGCAAUAAAUUACAGUUUUUUUUUCUUCCUGUUUAUUGUAAAUUAGUGUUUUUUUUUUGUUGGCGCCGAACAAGUUGGAAAAUUUUGUCUUAACCAAGACUGUCGUUUUAAAACGAAGUCAGGAUUCCCUCUAAACCA